UUCUUUUUAUAUAAAUAUCUAUAUGUAUAGAUUGUAUAUUUUUAUAAUAUAUUUUUUCUAAACUGGUCGUACAAAUUUGCUUUAAAGUAUCUAACCUCCUAUAAUUACAAGCUUGAAAAGAUUUGCAUGCACCCCCCCCCCCAAAAAAAACAGCGAUAAGAUUAUUAGUAUAUAUAAAUAGGAAAUCUGCUGUAGGCCUCUACAAAUACUCCUGCGCGCGAGGGGAAUUUCAAAACUGACGUAAUGUAUAUAUAUAGCCAAUAUAUAUAUAUAUAUAUAUAUUUUAAAGUCACGUUUUAAAGAGCGUAAAACAACGAAAUACUCAGAGGAAUUUGAUAGUCUCGUAUUUCUUUUAAACUUCUAGCAAGGGAAUGUGAUAAUAAAAUGCAGAAAUUUACAGAAGAUCACCGAUGAUCUUAAUUCUGAAAGUCUGAUCGGGACACGUGAACAACUAUCAUUUGAAUUCGUGCAGUGAACAAUCGAUUAAAAAAGACAAAUGAAAUAUGUUGUACAGCCUCAUGAAUACGUACUUGCUAUGAUUUAACACUGUUAUUUACGAUGUGGAAAAAAAUUGCCGAAACUCGGACCAUACAACUUCGGAAAUUUGUGAUAACAGCCACACCUUUGCAGCGACAGUAAGCAAACAGACAAGGGAUAUGGACAAGGCAAAGGUUGCAGCAUUGUCCAAGAGCAAGAAUGCCAUCGUAUCUGCCAUGACCAAUGUAAUGUUUGCAGCACAACAUGACAUUGCUAACACUAUUGUGCCUGAACUCCACCAACUUUGUAUCACACAGGGUGCAACUCAACUGAAAGACCUCAAAGUGGACAACCACACAUCAUACUCGCACCACAGUAGCACUAAGGAAUUUCAGCAGUCUAUGGCAGAGGUAGUGGUAGAUCAGUUGUUAGGUCAGGUUCAGAACUCUGGAGUGUUCAGCAUUAUGCUAGAUGAGAGUACAGAUGUCUCUGUUCAUCAGAAUCUAAUGGUUUAUAUUAGGUACUUGGCUAGUGUAGGUGGUAGGGUUCAGCCUAUUACUCGGUUUCUUGGUAUUAGACAGUUGUCAACUGCAAAUGCAGAAUCCAUUUUCACUGUACUUGUAAGUAUGCUCGAGUCUUAUGGUUUGCCUCUUGACAAGUUGGUUGGUGUUUCAACAGAUGGUGCUUCAGUUAUGGUAGGUUGUAAGAGUGGUGUUGUGACUAGGCUUAGGGAGGUGACUAGUGGUUUGUUGGCUACUCACUGUAUUGCCCACAGGUUAGCUCUUGGUACAGGAAAUGCUGCAGACAAGGUGAGGUAUUUGGUAAAAUUUCAGGAUGUCAUUAACAGUAUGUAUAAGUACUUUGCCUAUUCUCCCAAGAACAUGUCCAGGCUUGAGGGUAUCCAAGCAGUCCUUAAGGAUUCUAAAACCCGUCUGCAGCAGGUCUUUCAUACUAGGUGGCUAACUUUUGAAGGUAGUGUGCAGGCAGUUGUUGACAAUUACUCUUCCCUAGUCAGUGUAUUUCUUGAGGACAACUCUGCUAAGGCUCUUGCUAUGCAUAAACCUAUCACCACUUAUAAGUUCUUGUACACGGCACACUACCUGGCUGAUGUUCUUAGGCAUUUGGCGAUUCUGUGCAAGUCCUAUCAGAGGUCUGAUAUUGACUUCACAGAGGUGAACCCCCUCCUUCUGUCUACUGUUGAGGUUUUGGAAGGUCUCAGAUCUGGAUCAGGUGGCAAUCUUUCUCAGUUUCUUAACCAAGUCACCUGAAACCCCAGAAGUUGAUUCAGUUGGUUUGUGCACUUUUGAGUUUAAGGGUCACAAUAUCAGGGACAGUGCCCAGCAGAGGUCAGAGGCUUCUUCAGCCUGUUCCCAGUUUGUAGGUUUAGUGAUUGACAACCUUAGGUCUAGGUUUACAGAGGAGGGAGAUGCUACAGUGUUAAGGGCUCUAACUCAGUUGUUUGACCCAUCGUUUUACUCACAGUCUGAUAGUUCUGUUCUUUCUGAGGCUUCUUCUGUAGUGUCCGACUAUCUAUCUUCUUGUGGUGUAGGUUCAAAGUCUGACGUGGAAGCUGAACUAGUUAAUUUUCAGGGUUAUGCUAAGAUCCAAGUUGCCAAGAACCCCCAUGUUUACUUAGGUGUUAGGGACUUGCUUCAGCUUAGCAUAAGGUCCAAGUCUACCUACCCUGCCCUUGCUGUAGCUGCUGAGAGACUUCUUGUUGCACCUGUCAGCACCGUUGAUUGCGAAAGAGGUUUCUCAAAAAUGAACAUUAUAAAAACCGACCUGAGAAACAAGCUGUGCAUUGAAACACUGGAAAACCUUAUGCGUUUGAGCCUCUUUACUGAGCCUUUGGACUAUGGAACUGCAUUUGACAAGUGGGCAUCUACCAAGGCUCGGAGGAUCUUGAUGUAACACUCAGUGAUAGACUCUGCCUUAGUUAAUACAAACAGUGCGUGAUGAUAUUCUAGUGCUUGAUAUUAUAAACGUUUAUGAUAUUUAUUAUAAUAAAUUAUGAAAAUUGUU